AUGGCAUCUAGACCGAUUAGAAUUGCUGGUGCCUCUGGUUCUGUUUCUGACCGUCGACAUGCCGUUGCCGCGUUUGCGAAGGCGUAUCCCACAGACCCUGUCGAUGUUAUUAUUUGUGACUUUAUGUCCGAAGUCAACAUGACGGUUGCAGCAGGUCGGAAAGUGGACCAGGGAGGCAAUUCCAAUUCUGAUCCCCAUCCAAUCAUGGGCGCUGGUCCUGCUUUCGAGGCUUCCUUCUUGGAAUCUCUCGAGCCUGCGCUGGAGGACCUUGCCAAAUAUAACAUCAAACUGGCGGCAAAUGCUGGUAAUGCCGAUACCGAAGCAUUAUACAAGAUUGUCUGCGAGAUGGUCAAGAAGAAGGGCCUCAACAUCCCUGUAGCGUGGAUCUCAGGCGACGAAGUGCUUCCAGCAAUUAACGCCGGAUUGAAAGACGGCUCUUCCAAGUUCAAGAACAUAUACACUGGCGCAAUCUUGUCGUCUUGGGAAUUUGAGCCGAUAUACGCCCACGCCUACCUCGGUGGGCUGGGAAUCGCCGAAGCCUUUGCACAAGGCGCUCAAAUUGUCGUCUGUGGGCGUGUUGCUGACGCUUCUCCAGUAAUCGGCUCAGCAUACUGGUUUCACCAGUGGCAACGUUCUCAGUUGACCGAAUUAGCCAAUGCCUUUGUCGCCGGCCAUCUUAUCGAGUGCUCCAAUUACGUGACCGGAGGCAACUUUAGCGGCUUCAAAGCUCUUGAGAAUUCGCCAAAAGGAUGGGCCGACAUAGGUUACCCGAUUGCCGAAAUAUCCAAAACCGGAUCCGUGGUGAUCACCAAGCAGAAAAACUCGGCCGGCGUGGUGUCAAUACAUACCUGCUCGUCGCAAUUACUUUACGAAAUCCAAGGCCCGUGGUACUUCAACUCCGAUGUCACUGCGGUCCUGGACCAACUCUGGUUUGAACAGCUCGGGCCCGAUCGUGUCGCUCUCCACGGCGUGCAAGGCCUUCCGCCACCACCAACGACCAAAGUUGGCCUCACUGCUCGUGGAGGCUUCCAAGCCGAGGCAUUCUACUUCACUACAGGUUUAGACGUCGACGCGAAAGCCCGAAUGACCGAAGCACAAAUUCGAAACGGUCUGAAGCCCUAUUCCGACAAGUUCACAACCCUGUCAUUCAGCAUGUUGGGCCGACCAUUGCCUGAUGCGGACAACCAGAACGCAGCGACUUCGGUUAUUCGCGUGUUCGCACAGGCACGCAAGUCAGAGGACAUCGCACCUCCCAAGUUCUUGAGACCGAUCAUUGACAACAUCAUGCAAGGAUAUCCGGGGUCGACAUUCCAUCUCGAUUACCGCAUGGGUAUUCCGAAGCCUUAUUUCGAGUACUACGUGACAUUGUUGGACCAGUCCAAGGUAGCACAUAAGGUGCACUUUGGAGGCAAAGAGACAUUGAUCCCACCACCGACCGUAUCCAAAGUUUUCCCCGCGAGACAGCCCAGCCAGGCCAUGGCUGGUUUACAGAUUGAUCUGUCUAAAUUUGGUCCGACAGAAAGACUGCCACUCGGGACUAUCGUCAAUGCCCGCUCCGGAGACAAAGGGGCAGAUUGCAAUUGUGGGUUUUGGGUCAGGAAUGAGGAUGAGUAUGUGUGGUUGAAGAACUUGUUGUCGGUUGAGGCGAUCAAGACUCUCCUUGGAAAGGAGUAUGACACUUCGAGAGUACCAAAGAUUGAGAUCGACAGGUUUGAGCUCCCGAAUCUGCGAGGUGUGCACUUUUUGUUCCGAAACUUGCUGGACAGAGGCGCCACCAGUACGGCUACCGUGGACUUUCUGGGGAAGAACACGGCGGAAUAUUUACGGGCCAGAUACGUCGAUAUCCCGACAAGAUUCCUUGCCAGGGGUAAGUUGUGA